CAGUGACCUCAGCUGUCGCAUCUUACAUCACCAGCCCUUCCUGUCAAAACCACCGUCAUGGCGCUUGACCUUUAUAUCCCGCCAUGUAUGCGCUCACCGAGCCACCCCCUCCAUCCGCCGCCCCUGAACAAGCCACUCCGCAUCCAAAUCGAGGGCCCGCUGGUGUCCGUCCAGAAGCUCUUUCCAGAAGCACCGUGGCAUGUCAGUGAGAUCCCAACGCCUUUCCCGCAGCCGGCCGGGCCAUUGCUAGUAAGACUGGGGUACCGAACAAUCUAUGGCCACGAGGUUCGCCCCAACGUUGCAAACGACGUCAUUGUGCGUGAUGAAUAUUUAGGCUGAGUCAGGGAAGCAAGGCCGUUGAACCAAAUUGACUAUUACGGCGUCAAUUUCGACCAUUUGGUCCCCGCAAAUGAUCCGGAUCCUGA